UGUAUGAUAAACUGACCACUGUAACUCGACUGUGAACAUGACGGGUCCACUUCAAGUAUUGCUCCUCCUAGGAACCGCUUCUCUCCUCCAGGCAUCAUGCCCGACUAUCCCUAUAAUAGCCGACUUCGACAUUAACCGGUAUGCGGGCACUUGGUACGAGUCGGAAAGGUUCGACAAUCCAUUCGAAUGGUACACAAGAUGUGUGUCGGACACGUACAUUACACGUGAGGAUGGCAGUUAUACUGUCCUUUACAACAGGAUAGGUACAUGGACGGGAUCGAACAGAACGACGGAGGGCACCCUUGACCUUUUUGAUGAUGUGCACCCCGGCCAGUUCAGAGCCUCGUUUGCAGGAUGGCUACCAUCAGGGAACUACUACGUCAUAGACACAGACUAUGACAACUACUCCAUCGUGUACUCGUGUUCUGACGUAUAUGGAUUCACGCACGUUGAACUGGCUUGGAUUAUGUCCAGAGAGAGAAAUGGUGUGACCCGCCGCCAGAGGUCAAAGUUGUACAGCCGAUUAUCAAGUCUGGGGAUCGACACUACUCAGUUCAUCGAGUCCGACCAGACCGGAUGUGACGCAUAAUCACGUGGUUUACAUCCCACGGCGUUGAAGUUCAAUUAUUCCUACAAAUGUCACUGUAGAUCACUUCUGUGUAUUUCCCUUUGGAAAUAUACAC